UUGAAUUUAUAAGAAAAAGUGCCUUUUACAUAACGAAUAACUAAGACGUCAAGCAAAGGGCGCUGGUCUGUCUAUACCGUUGAAGGUGCCAAAACCCGACAACCCCUCAGUUUGGGGGCUGAGAAGAUGUUGGUCAAGCCACAUAUCAGGGCGGUUUUCUCCCCAACGAGAGGGCAAGCCACAGAUGGUCAAAUUAAGGUAAAAGGACGGGUGACCAGAAUCUUCCACUGAAGAUCUGGGGAAAACGCCAAAGCUCAAGAUCUACAGUAUGGAGUGGUGCCGCUUAGUGUUUUCUGCUGCGAGAACGUUGCAUGCAAGCCAAACUCACAAGCCAGACCGAGCAUCGAAAAAGGAACAAGCACUUUCGUUUUCCCACAGAAAGUCCGCCGCGGCAAAGGAGAUCUAGGAGAUUCGCCUCAUCGCCCAAAACGGCGCUUUCUUUCGAGAUCGGAGUACGCCGUACCGAAGCACAGCUCGUGCGUGGCACACUCACACAGACACUGUACACACACAGGGCACAACAAAAAAUUGCUGGUGCUUCAUUCAGGGCAACGUCUGUGUGGGGCGUUUCUCCAGAACGCCACCAAGGGUCCUUUCGGCUCAAUGGCUUUUGCCCUCCUGCGCCUUUAUUCGCGCGGCGUCGCCGAAAUCUCCUGAAGAAACUUUGGGGGAGCCCCAAACGAGAAAACGAAACGAAACGGCUGCAAGGGCGGUGCGACGUGACGACGACCGUCGCGGGAAAGAGAGCCGAAGCUGUGUUCCCAAGUGACGAGCCUAGCCAAUUGGUAGGCUACGGAUGCUUCGUCUUGACGCUGCGGUAUCUUUGGGCUGGCGAAUCGCAGGCUCGAGGACCCCCAUUGUGAAGUACAUACAUUGGUGCUGCUCAUACGUGGUGCCAGUCGUUGCAGUGUGUAUGACAACAAACCGUUCGCAGCGGCCAAUUAUGUGCUUGUUUCACGCAAGGCAGCUCUAGACAUGUAAAAGUUGAAGCAACCACAGCGAAACGUUUCCACGCCAUGGUCCGAUGGCCGAACAUUCCAGAUCCCUCAUCGUGGCACCUAUCGCAUCCGCCUCCUCCCCCAUGGGGUGAGAAG